GUAACUAUGAGCUUCCCGCUGGUUGCUCCAAUGUUUCCUGCAGGGAGGGAGCCCCUUCCUCCAGGAAUGACGGAGGAGGAUCGCGCCCAACUAACCGAAGCUAGAACAUACCAAAGGAGGAUGACCAUAGCCAUGGAGUCAUGUAUUGCAAAGACAGUCAUUGCUGGAGUCGGCGGUCUUGGCAUUGGCGCAUUUUUCUCUCUCAUGUCCUCAUCAUUCGCAUAUGAGGAUCCCUUACUUCGGCAAUCCACUCAAACCGGCAUGAAUAACACUCAGAAGGCCCGUGAAAUAUUCAAGGAAAUGGGUAGAGGGAUGUGGAAAAGUGGAAAGGGCUUCGGAAAAGUUGGAGCAUUGUUCGCCGGAAUAGAAUGUGUAAUUGAAGGUUACCGUGCAAAGAACGACAUAGUAAACCCUAUUGCUGCAGGCUUUGUUGCCGGCGGUGUUCUUGCGCGAAAUUCGGGACCUAAGGCCGCUCUUGGUGGUGGAUUGGCAUUUGCUGCAUUUUCCGCAGCAAUAGAUAUGUUUUUACGGAGGGAACAAUCAGACGACGACUGAGUCGUCAUACGAGGACACCCUUCGGUCCGCUCUUCGACGAUAUAUCCUGUUUACAGUAGCAACUCAGUAAAUACAAUAUCAGCACGGUCUUACUUGUGGCGCAGAGGUUGACAUCAGGUGGGCAGCAGUAGCUUGACAUUCGUUUAUUCUCGCGAUGCAUAUCAGCGUCAUUUUCGUGCCAUUCCGUUGUUUUAUUGUGCGGUACGACUACGUAUACAGUUAAGAUAAUCGACGGGAAUAUCAUUCGCAGCGCGAGACAUCUCCGUCACAUUUAAUACCGAUUCUCACACCGUAGACAAUGAAUCAAUUGAGCAACUUCGGCCGGCCGGGGUCUCGGCCCUCGCGGGGUCAGGAGGUA